GAUCACAGAUGUAAAGAACAAUUUUGUACAAUAACCUGUGCAUUGUAGUAUUUAAUAAGAGGAUUCCUAAAGCGAGUAAUUUUUGUAGGAAACUUGUGGAUUUUGGAGUUUAUCUAUACAGUUCUGUUCACUUAUAAUGGGAGAUACACCAAGGGCAAGAAAUGCAUUAUUUAGAUUUGCUGAUGGUGUAAUGAAUGUUGUUGAAUCUCCAGUAAUAUGGUUUAGAGAGAAAAUUGUUGUUCCGAAUCAAAACGAUUACGCCUGGUAUCACCAAAAAUUUCGACGGGUUCCAACUAUUGAUGAAUGCUACACUGAUGACCCUGUGUGCAUACAAGAAGCCCAACAGCAAUUUAAACGAGACAAGUUUGUAGAUAAUGAAAUUCUGAGUAUUUUGAGGCGAAGAUUUGAAGACUGUGUCUUAUACGAAUCCCCCGAUCAUGAAGUGAAAUGCAAACAUAUUUGGGAACAGUAUAAUGAGGGUGCUGAAAAUUGGUUCAUGAAGUAUGGUGAUAUUGGUGCUUAUGGAAGAGUGCAAGACGCCUACAUGAAACAGAAACAUCGAAUGAUAUGGGAACGCCGCCAUGGUCCAGUAGGCACUGGGAUGAAAGGUCCUGUAGUGACAGAAGGCGAUCACUAAAGAAAUUUGAGUUGUGAACUAGAUUGUUGAUUGUAUAGUAUUUUGGGUUUGUGUGAUAUCUGUAAAUAAUUUACAAAGACCUGGAACAGUGUAAUUGAACAUCAUAUUAACACUUUUAGAAUCUUUGUAGCUGAAUGUGUGUUAUAAUAAAAAUGUUUAAAGAAA